UUCCGGUCUAUUUCUGCUUCUGCUCACAGGCCAAACAGGAUGGACAAAGGUAGCGAGUAAAAGAAAAUAAGAAAAAAACAUAGCUUCGACAUGUAAAAAAAAGAACAAUUCGACACCAACUCCUACCAACAAGAACAACCAACUUCUUCCAAGAAAAAUAAUGCAGCCAACAUGUCUUCCGAACACCAACAAUUCCAAGCCCAAUCCAACCUCCAAACUCAAGAAAAAUCCCAUGGGAGCAAAUCCCUUCACUUUCCUCGCUCUCCUCCACCUCCUACUCUUCCAUUCUGUCAUUGCUGUCAUACCAGCGGCGGCGGCGGCGAAUAUUGGAACGGCGGAGCCGUUCAUCGGCGUUAACAUCGGCACCGACCUGACGGACCUGCUCCCGCCGGCGGACCUCGCGACCUUCCUCAAGGCGCAGCAAAUCAAGCACGUCCGCCUCUACGAUGCCGACCCGGGCAUCCUCUCCGCCCUCGCUGGCGCUGGCGUCUCCGUGGCCGUCGGCGUGCCCAACAACCAGCUCCUCGCCCUGGGCUCGUCCCCGGCCACCGCCGACGCCUGGGUCGCCCGCCACGUCCUCCCCUUCCACCCGGCCACCCCCAUCUCGGCGGUGGCCGUGGGCGACGAGGUCCCUGCGGCGCUGCCGUCCGCCCUGCCGCUCCUCCUCCCGGCCCUCCGCUCGCUCUCCGCCGCCCUCGCCGCCGCCAACCUCUCCUCCAUCCCUGUCUCCACCCCGCUGCCCUUCUCAGUCGUCCUCGACCCGUUUCCACCCUCGCAGGCUUACUUCAACCAGACCCUGGCCAACUCCUUCUUCCUCCCCCUCCUCCGGUUCCUCGCCGACACGGCCUCUCCUCUCAUGCUCAACCUCUACCCUUACUACGCCUUCGUGCAGAGCCGCGGCGCCGUGCCCCUGGACAACGCCCUGUUCAAGCCGCUUUCCCCGUCCCUCGAGGAGAUCGAUCCCAACACGCUCCUCCACUACACCAACGUGCUCGACGCCAUGGUCGACGCUGCGUACGUCUCGAUGCGCAACCUCAACUUCACCGGCGUGCCCGUGCUCAUCACCGAGACCGGGUGGCCCCAUAACGGCUCCCGCCGCGACGAGCCCUACGCCACCGCCAAUUACGCCAGCACCUACACCUCCAACCUCAUCCGCCACAUGCUCGACCGCCGCGGCACGCCGCUGCGCCCGGAGGCCACCCCCAGCGUCUACAUCUACGAGCUGUUCGACGAGGACCUGCGCCCGGGACCGUUGUCGGAGGCCCACUGGGGACUCUUCUACGGGAACGGGACGCCGGCGUACCUGCUCAACGUGGCCGGGGCGGGGGGAUUCCUGGCCAACGACACCACGAACCGGACGUACUGCGUGGCGGCGGAGGAAGCGGACCGACGGUCGCUGCAGGCGGCGCUGGACUGGGCAUGCGGACCGGGUCGGGCCAACUGCUCGGAGAUACAGCCCGGGGAGAGCUGCUACCAGCCCAACGACGUGAGGAGCCACGCCUCGUACGCCUUCGACAGCUAUUACCAGAUGCAGGGCAAGGCCGCCGGUUCCUGCUUCUUCCAGGGCGUCGCCAUGAUCACCACCACCGACCCAAGCCAUGGGAAAUGCAUCUUUCCUGGAAGCAAACAGAGGAAUGCCACAGGAGCAGGAACGAACAAGGCCGAAUCCAGUAAGGCUGUGGUGUCCCCGAGAUCGAGACUAGGAAAAGGAAGAUUGUAUGAACACAUUGUUCCUAUGAUCUUAAACUCGAUACUGCUAGUAGUUUGUGUCUCGAUAUGAAAUUUUCGGACUUGAUGACCGUCAAGGAAGAAGAGAAUCUUCGACAAACUUGCAAGCGAGUUCUUGUUCGGCGAUAACAACCAAUCUCUCUGGCGAUUUUGUAAAGCCCUUCAAAUCGAUUUUCCUCGCACCUUCUGUAAUAUUUGUUCUUUCGGUAAUAAGACGUCGUCAUUCUUCUC